AUGGUUAAGAAUAAAGUGAGUUCAAUUCAAGAUUUUGAAUGGAUAAGUCAAUUGAGAUAUUAUUUUUUACCAGAAGAAUCAAGUAAAGUAAUUGUAUGUCAAAUAACUACAGAAUUGGAUUAUGGUUAUGAAUAUUUGGGAAAUACUCCGAGAUUAGUCAUUACACCACUGACAGAUCGAUGUUAUCGAACACUUAUGGGUGCAUUAAAAUUGAAUUUAGGCGGUGCACCAGAAGGACCAGCAGGAACUGGAAAAACUGAAACAUGCAAAGAUUUAGCUAAAGCUAUUGCUAAACAAUGCGUUGUAUUCAAUUGUUCCGAUGGUCUUGAUUAUCGUGCAAUGAGUAAAUUUUUCAAAGGACUUGCCCAAGCUGGUGCAUGGGCAUGUUUUGAUGAAUUUAAUCGUAUUGAAUUAGAAGUAUUAUCAGUAGUAGCUCAACAAAUUCAUUGUAUACAAACAGCUAUUAGUGCUGGAUUAAAACGUUUUGUAUUUGAAGGCACAGAAUUAAGUUUAAAUCCAACAUGUACCAUGUUUAUUACAAUGAAUCCAGGUUAUGCUGGACGUCAAGAAUUACCAGAUAAUUUGAAAGUACUAUUCCGUUCAGUUGCUAUGAUGGUUCCUGAUUAUGCUCUAAUCGGUGAAAUAUCUUUAUAUUCAAUGGGUUUCAUUGAUGCUAGAUCAUUAGCUAGUAAAAUUGUCGCUACUUAUCGUUUAUGCUCAGAACAGUUAUCAUCGCAACAUCAUUAUGAUUAUGGUAUGCGAGCGGUGAAAUCCGUGCUAACAGCAGCUGGCAAUUUACGUCAAAAAUAUUUAGAUGAAAAUGAAUCAGUAUUAUUGCUAAAAGCUAUCAAUGAUGUGAAUUUACCGAAAUUUUUAUCACAAGAUAUUCCAUUAUUUGAAGGUAUUAUAUCGGAUCUUUUUCCUGGUGUUCAAUUGCCCAAAUAUGAUUAUGAUCAAUUUAUGAUUUGUUUACGUCAACAAUUAAAUAAUCGUAAACUACAAUCAAUUCCAUGGUAUUUAGAGAAAAUUUUACAAAUCUAUGAAAUGAUCCUUGUACGUCAUGGUUUAAUGAUUGUCGGUGAAACGUUAAGCGGUAAAACACAAGCAUAUCAAGCAUUAGCUGAUACAAUAACAAAAUUAGUUGAAAAUGAUCAAAUUGCCAAUGAAUAUCCAGUACAAUAUGGGAUUAUUAAUCCAAAAGCUAUAACAAGUGGUCAAUUAUAUGGACAAUUUGAUUUAGUAUCACAUGAAUGGUCUGAUGGUAUAUUAGCUGUAAUGUUUCGUGAAUUUGCUACGGUUCAAGAUAAUAAACGUAAAUGGAUAUUAUUCGAUGGACCAGUUGAUGCUGUAUGGAUUGAAAAUAUGAAUACUGUAUUAGAUGAUAAUAAAAAAUUAUGUUUAAUGUCUGGUGAAAUUAUACAAAUGUCAUCAUUAAUGAAUUUAAUAUUUGAACCAGCUGAUUUAGAACAAGCUAGUCCAGCGACUGUUUCACGUUGUGGUAUGAUUUAUAUGGAACCAGCUCAGUUAGGUUGGAGACCAAUGGUUAAAUCCUAUUUAACUUAUCAAUUACCAGAGAAUUUAACGGAUGAAUUAAAAGAAUUAAUUAAUGAUUUAUUUGAAUGGCUUGUUGAUCCAUGCUUAGAAUACAUACAAAAUGAUUGUAGACAAUUAGUUUCAAUAUCGAAUUUACAUGCUGUGAAACAAUUGAUCACAUUAUUCGAUUGUUUAUUAGAUGAAAUACGAUAUUGGUGUACAAUAAGUCAAAAUGAAGAAACAGCAGAAAGCGAUUCACCACAAGCGAAUAUGACUGCUCAAACGGUUUAUUUACAAAUUCAAGCAUUAUUUCUUUUUUCAAUUGUAUGGAGUUUAGGCUCAUGUUUAUCAACGGAAUCAAGAAAAAAAUUUGAUUUAUUCUUUCGUGAUGUAGUUUCUGGUGUCAAUCAACAAUAUCCUAAACCAAAAUCAAUUAAAUUAACUAAAGCGAAUUCCUUUCCAGAUCGUCAAACUAUUUAUGAUUUUUGGUUUGAUAAAAAAUCUCAAGGAUCAUGGAAUGAAUGGAUUAGUUUUAAUUGGAAUCCAAGUAAAGCUGGACAAUCUUUUAAUCCUUCUGAAUCAUUAUCCACAACGAAUGUAACCAGUUCUAAACAAAAAUCAGCACCAUCAACUGGAACUGAUAAAGAUUCACAAAGUGAAAUGACUGUGAAUACCAGUGAAACUGAACGAAUGUUUUUCUUUCUUAAUCUAUAUACAACACAUCAUAUUCCAUUGCUUUUAGUUGGACCUACAGGAACUGGUAAAUCUGUUAUUGCUAAUAAUUAUUUAAUUCAAUUACCGAAAGAAAAUUAUUUACCAAAUAUUUUAAAUUUUUCUGCACGUACAAGUGCUAAUCAAACACAAGAUAUUAUUAUGUCACGUUUAGAUAGACGACGUAAAUGUGUCUAUGGUCCAUCAUUAGGUAAACAAUGUAUUGUAUUUAUUGAUGAUUUAAAUAUGCCAAUGAAAGAAAAAUAUGGUGCACAACCUCCAAUUGAAUUAUUACGUAUGUGGAUUGAUCAUAAUCAUUGGUAUGAUAGAAAAGAUAAUACAAAACAAUAUUUAGUUGAUGUACGUUUUAUGGCUGCUAUGGGACCACCUGGAGGUGGACGAAGCAAUAUUACAUCACGUUUAACUAGACAUACAAAUGUAUUAGGUGUCAAUGAAUUCGAUGAUCAAACAAUGUUGAAAAUAUUCACAACUAUUACUGAUGCACAUUUUUCAAAUGGUUUUGAACCGAAAUUUAUGCAAUUAAGUAAACUAUUAGUUCAAGCAACUUUACGUGUUUAUAAAUUGGCUAUAUCAACAUUUCUACCGACACCAGCUAAAUCACAUUAUGUAUUUAAUUUACGUGAUUUUGCUCGAGUUAUCAAAGGUAUACGUUUAGUGCCAGCUAAUAAUAUGAAAGAAGACGACAAACUGAUGCGUUUAUGGAUACAUGAGGUUUAUCGUGUAUUCUAUGAUCGAUUAACUAUGACAGAAGAUGAAGAUCAUUUCUUUGAUAUUGUUCGUCAAACUUGUUCUGAUGUAUUUCGUUCAAAUAUUGAUAAAAUUUUAGGUCAUUUAAGUUUAAGUGGACGUGUUACUGAUGAAGAUGUAAGAAAUUUAUUAUUUGGUAAUUAUAUACAAGAUGAUGGUUAUUAUGAUGAAGUGACAGAUUUUAAAUUACUUGUUAAUCGUAUGGAAGAAUAUUUAAAAGAUUUCAAUGCAUUAUCUAAAACACCAAUGAAUCUUGUUAUGUUUAAAUUUGCUAUUGAACAUAUUAGUCGUGUAGCACGUGUUUUAUUACAAGAUAAUGGACAUGCAUUAUUAGUUGGUGUUGGAGGUAGUGGUCGUCAAAGUGCUACACGUUUAGCCAGUCAUAUUGCUAAUCAUGAAUUAUUUGUCAUUGAAAUAACUCGUACUUAUGGUGUAAAUGAUUGGCGUGAUGAUAUUAAACGUUUACUACUCAAAACUGGUUUAGAAGCUAAAUCUACUGUAUUCUUAAUUAGUGAUACUCAAUUAAAGCAUGAAUCAUUUAUGGAAGAUCUAUCAAUGUUAUUAAAUUCUGGUGAUGUACCAAAUUUAUUUCCACCAGAUGAAAAAGCUGAACUAAUAGAUAAAGUACAAGGUGUUGCACGUGCAGAAAUGGCUAAAUUAGCUGAAAAGAAAGCUGCAUUAGAUGAAAUUCAAGCGAAAUUUCAAGGUUUACAAGAUCAAUUAGAAGAAAUGCAAAAAAAGAAACAAGAUUUAGAAGAUAAUAUUGAUUUGUGCAGUAAAAAGUUGGAUCGUGCCGAAAAGUUGAUUAGUGGAUUAGGCGGAGAAAAAACCCGAUGGACUGAAGCUACUGAAAUGUUAAAAGAACGUUAUAUAAAUAUUAUUGGAGAUGUUUUGUUAAGCGCUGGUGUUGUUGCCUAUCUUGGACCAUAUACUGUGGAUUUUCGUUCGGCUAUACAACAAGAAUGGCAUCAAUUAUGUCGGAAAUUGGGAAUUCCUUGUUCGGAAGUAUUUCGUAUCUCUGAUACAUUAGGUGAUCCGGUUAAAAUUCGUUCAUGGAAUAUUGCUGGUUUACCAGUAGAUAGUUUUUCUAUUGAUAAUGGUAUUAUUGUUACAAAUUCUAAUAGAUGGUCAUUAUGUAUAGAUCCACAAGGUCAAGCAAAUAAAUGGAUUAAAAACAUGGAAAAAGAUAAUAAAAUACAAGUUAUCAAACUAAGUGAUACACAUUAUCUGCGUACAUUAGAAAAUGCUAUUCAAUUUGGUUCACCGGUAUUAAUGGAAAAUGUCGGUGAAGAAUUAGAUGCAGUGCUAGAACCAGUUUUACAACGUUCAUUAUUCAAAUCACAAGGCAGUUGGUGUAUACGUCUUGGUGAUAAUGUGAUUGAAUAUAAUUCGAAUUUUCGAUUUUACAUUACUACACGAAUGCGUAAUCCGCAUUAUUUACCGGAAAUCGCAGUGAAAGUUUGUUUGAUCAAUUUUAUGAUUACACCACUUGGUUUACAAGAUCAACUAUUAGGUAUUGUGACAGCUGAAGAGAAACCAGAAUUAGAAGCUAUCAAAAAUCAAUUGAUCGUGGAAUCCGCAGAUAAUAAACGUCAAUUAAAAGAGUUAGAAGAUAAAAUAUUAGAAGUACUAAGUACUUCACAAGGAAAUAUUUUAGAGAAUGAAACUGCUAUCAAUGUGUUAAGUUCAUCGAAAAAAUUAAGUGAAGAAAUCACUCAAAAACAAGCUGUAGCAGAGAAUACUCAAUUAGAAAUUGAUGCUGCACGUAAUGGUUAUCGUCCAGUGUCUGAGCAUGGUUCAUUAUUAUUCUUUUGUAUAUCAGAUUUAUCGAAUAUUGAUCCUAUGUAUCAAUAUUCAUUGACAUGGUUUAUUAAUUUAUUCUUAUCAUCUAUUUCGAAUAGUGAGAAAUCACCAAUUUUAGAAGAACGAAUUGAAUUAUUGAAUAGUUAUUUUACAACAAGUGUUUAUCGAAAUAUUUGUCGUUCAUUAUUUGAAAAUCAUAAAUUAUUAUUUUCUUUAAUUAUGUGCUAUUCACUUAUGAGUAAUAAAGGGAAAGUAAAUAAUACAGUUUGGCGUUUUCUAUUAACUGGUGGUGUUGCCCUUGAUAACCCUCAUGCCAAUCCAUGUCCUGACUGGUUAUCCGAUAAAUGUUGGUCGGAAAUUGUACGGGCUUCAGAAUUACCAGGAUUAGAAGGAUUUAUGGAUAGCGUUCAAUCUGUUCCAAAUGAAUGGAAAGCCAUGUAUGACGAUUUAACACCUCAUAGAUUUUCUAUUCCUGGAGAAUUUUCAAAAUUAGAUGGUCUUGAAAAAUUGGUUGUAUUACGAUGUAUACGUCCAGAUAAAGUGAUUCCUGGAAUUCAAGAUUUUAUUGUACAAAAUCUUGGUCAACAAUUUAUUGAACCGCCAACAUUUGAUUUAUCUGGUUCAUUUGCUGAUUCCAAUUGUUGUUCACCAUUAAUAUUUAUCUUAUCACCUGGUGCUGAUCCAAUGAAUGCUUUAAUUAAAUUCGGCAUUGAUUUAGGAUAUACUAAUGAUCGUAUACAAACAAUAUCACUUGGUCAAGGUCAAGGUCCAAUAGCAGCAAAUAUGAUUUAUCAAGCUAUUAAAAAUGGUACAUGGGUUGUAUUACAAAAUUGUCAUUUAGCUGUUAGUUGGAUGAAAUCAUUAGAGAAAAUAUUUGAAGAAACAAUUACACCAGAAAAUGUGAAUGUUAAUUUUCGUUUAUGGUUAACUAGUUAUCCUUCACCUGAUUUUCCUGUUACCAUAUUAGAAAAUGGUGUUAAAAUGACAAAUGAACCGCCAAAGGGUUUACGAUCAAAUUUAUUACGUUCCUAUUUAAAUGAUCCUAUAUCAGAUCCAAUAUUUUAUAAUGGUUGUACAAAAAAUCCUAUACUGCAUAAAAUGUUGUUUGGAUUAUGCUUCUUUCAUGCAUUAGUACAAGAACGACGUAAAUUUGGUCCACUUGGUUGGAAUGUUCCAUAUGAAUUUAAUGAAUCAGAUCUACGUAUUAGUGUUCGACAAAUGAAGAUGUUUUUAGAUCAGUAUGAUGAAAUCCCGUUUGAAGCAUUAACUUAUCUAACUGGUGAAUGUAAUUAUGGUGGACGUGUAACUGAUGAUAAAGAUAGACGAUUAUUACUUUCAUUAUUGGGUAUAUUUUAUAAUAAAAGAAUUAUUGAAGAAGAAAAUUACAAAUUUUCUCCAUCUGGUAUUUACUAUUGUCCUGAGGAUGGUACAGUUCAACAAUUUAUUGAUUAUAUACGUUCAUUGCCAUUAAAUCCAAUGCCAGAAGUUUAUGGACUUCAUGAUAAUGCUGAUAUCACUAAAGAUAAUCAAGAAACAUUUCAAUUAUUUUCUGGAAUUUUAUUAACAUUACCAAGACAAAAAGAUACAGCUGGUAAAUCACCAGAAUCAGCUGUACAAGAAUUAGCAUCCGAUAUUUUGUCGAAACUUCCACCAGAUUUCAAUCUAAAAGAGGUAAUUGAGAAUUAUCCUGUCAGAUAUGAAGAAUCAAUGAAUACUGUACUUAGACAAGAAUUAAUACGAUUCAAUCGUUUAACUAGUGUUAUACGUUCAACAUUAAUAGAUUUACAAAAAGCUAUUAAAGGUUUAGUUGUUAUGUCAGCUGAUUUAGAGGAUGUAUUCAAUUCAAUGUUAGUUGGAAAAUUACCAAGUGUUUGGGCAGCUAAAUCAUAUCCAUCAUUGAAAUCUUUAGGAAGUUAUAUACAAGAUUUAUUAUAUAGAUUGAAAUUUUUCGCUGAUUGGUUAACCCAUGAUACACCACCGGUGUUUUGGAUAUCAGGUUUCUAUUUUACACAAUCUUUUCUAACUGGUGUAUUACAAAAUUAUGCAAGAAAAUAUACAAUACCAAUUGAUACACUUGGUUUUGCAUUUCAUAUUACAUCGAAACAUUUGAAUAUUAUUAGUCUAUUAGAAAAUGUCUCGUCUAUACCGAAAUUUUCACGACAAUCAUCAUGUAUUGGAGGCAAUAGGCGUGCAUCAGCAGCUGUUAACAAUAACAAUAGUAGCAAUAGUAAUUUGGAUAAACCCAAAAGACCAAUUGGACAAUUUGGUGAUUUUAUGAAACCAAAUGAUGGUGCUUUUAUUACAGGUUUAUACUUGGAAGGUGCACGUUGGGAUUUACUGGAUGAUUGUUUAAGUGAAUCAAAACCGAAAAUAUUAUUUGAUACAAUGCCAGUUAUUUGGCUUAUUCCAAAAAAGUUGAAUGAAAUCAGUCGUGAAUCAACUUAUACUUGUCCAGUCUACAAAACAUCUGCUCGACGAGGUGUUCUAUCCACAACAGGACAUUCAACAAAUUUCGUAUUAUAUGUUGAUAUGAAAACAAAUCAACCACAAGAACAUUGGAUUAAUCGUGGUGUAGCUGCUUUAUGUCAAUUAGAUGAUUAAUGAGAAGAGAUAUUGAAAAGAUUAGUAUAUGCUUUAAAUGAAUAAGGAUGAAGAUAAUGUUUUUUU